CGAGGGAUAGUCUUGCUAUCAUUUUAAUACUAUUAUUUAUCACGAUCAAAACUUUGACAGCAUCAUUAUUUGUAUAUCAUGGCGGCCCAAGUUAGUCUCAUGUCGUACUUACAACAUGGUCCUCCUCCGCUGCCUAUCAUCGCUCAAGGGCAGUCACCACAGAAUACACAAAAUGAUAAUUACAGGGCUGCUGAUAUCAACAAUGUGGGCCACUGGGCUGGAUUCAACCUCGCCUCUAUCCAGGAACAAUUCGGUCCUCUUUUAGCUGCCGCACAAAUUCCUGAUGAACCAUUUCAAGAUUCUCCUCCGCGGUCAAUAAACUCCGAAGCUGCAGUUCGAUCCCGUAUUGACGCCUAUUUAAGCAACCGGAUUACACGUGCCCUUCGCUGCGGGUUUUCGCAUUUGCAGUCUACUCAACAGCUGGCCAAUCUCACAAUUAUAAACUACGACGUUGGUCAGAUGGCUGCAACUCCUGGUGGCUUCACUCCCGACUUUGCCUUCUUUGAUCCAAAUCUUAAUUCCAUGAAUAGACCGAACCGCGUUCCAGGUGAGGCUAAACCUUCGUUCAAAUGGUCCCUUGGCCUGAGGAACCAUCCAGCCCCCAGUUCGCGCGAGGAAUUCAAACAGGCCUUAUCCCAAGUCAACUACUACAUGAGGCAACAUCAUGCGCGCUACGGCUAUAUCAUAACAGAUCGUGAACUUGUCGCUAUCCGAAGGCUCGAUGAGGAUGGAAACUUGGAGCUCUCAACGUCCAUUCCCUGGACAGCUAAGGGUACUGCUUCAGAGCCGAGACUAACAGUGCUGCUUGGGAUGUGGUAUUUGGGAAUGCUUGCGGCAGAUAACCAGUUCUGGUAUCUCCAUUGAUUGCAUCUUUGGAAAAGCAGAUGGAGCUUUAGAAUGCUUUCUUCGAUCUUGUGGCUUGUUCUGUUGAUGUUCUGUUGAUGUUCUGUUGAUGUUCUGUUGAUGUUCUGUUGAUGUUCUGUUGAUGUUCUGUUGAUGUUCUGUUGAUGUUCUUCUGUUCAUGUUCUAGUUUUACACUAUUCCGAAACUAGGCCAUGCAAAGGUCCAAAAUACUUAUGACCCCGAAUCCACCACGUACUGAUCCUAGGCCAUCAACAGAGCCCCUUUUUUCUCGUGAAAAACUAGUUUCUAAGGAGCUUCAAUCUGGGAUUUCCUACGCGUCAAGAGUCGUGCAAGGCAUGUAUGUGAACAUC